AUGGACCCCUCCAAGAGAAAAGGCCUGACCGAGGCAGAGCUGGCCCGCCACAGCGUACACCUGCCCAAAGACUCGCUCUUGACUUCCAUAGCCAUGUCGUCACGCUACUUUCUGGACGACCGCGAUACGCACUACAUGGCCCAUAGCAUCAAGCACUGGCUGUCCGACGACGAGUGGCAGGCGCCAACCACAACAGCCAUGCCCAGCACCAUUGCGAGCCUCAAGUUCCCUGAGCGCGCUGCCGCCAGAUCCAGCGCGCGAGACAGCGAGAGAAACCGCCAGAUUCGCACCAGCAUGAUGCUGGGCAUUAUACCAUACGGUGCAGUCCGUCCCGGCGAGCCGCCCUCCGCGAAAACCCGGAGCCUAGAUGAUGUCGCGAGGUCGGGUAUGAUAUCUAGUGGGGACGUAAUGAGGCACAGAUUAGUGUAG